UGCUCCCGUCGGCAGGAGCGCAGGCAUCUGAGGAACCCGUUAGUGCCAAGGAAAAGCUGACGGUAACACAAAGAGCUCUCCCAGCGACAAAUCCCUUUGUAGCGUUAGGACUCAAGACGGAUUAUAAAAGCGCAGACACCGACUGUAAGCGAUCCAGAAGCAACUUUGCCACUGUCUCCGUUUUUUUUUUCUUCCCUGGUACUGGUGCAGAUCUUCAGUCAGCACCUGGCUGCUGCCUCAACAUCUUCAGGCUGUGAGCAUGAAAGAGGAUCCACGCACGAUCUGAUCACAUCCCUGUGAUGGACUAAAGGUGUGAGGAGGAAGAGAGAGAGAGUGUGAGGAGGUCUACAUGAGGUUUACCUUUCUUGAAGGUGAGAAAGUCUGUUAACAGCUGGUGGUGGAUUAUCAGGCUCAGACAGCCACUCCCUGGAGGAAAUGAAUGUUCGUAUGUUACAUAAGGACUGCACUGGGACCAGUGCUGAACAGCAUCACGACUUCAGCUGAUUCAUAAGAUGUGGGGCCAUGAUUUAUAUUUGUCCACAGAAAUUUUUACCCUCAUUGAACACAAGGACCCACAGAGCACAAGACUGAAACUUUGACUGAUGUGAUGUUUUUGGCGAGGAUCUCACACCUUCUGAUUUAGGUGUUUUGCUUUUACCUAGCUGUGGCUAUGAGUGGAUUUUAAUGAGGACCAAGGGAAACCGGGACAGUAAGCCUUACAGUUGAGAGAUUUCCAUACCCCUCUCCUGCUGUGUGUGUGUUCGCACCGGGAAGCAGCAUGGAUUUGUCCCAGGACCAGCCGUUGGAUUGGAGCUCAGUCCAGCCCAGCUUCUCUCCACUGCUGCAGUAUGACGGCUCUCAGGAAAGGCUCAACCACACCUACAGCUUCCACAGCUCCGUAGUGCUCCCCUCCACCUUUAGCUCCCCCACUGCCUCCCUCCGUCAGCCUCUGCCAUCUCUGCUUCCCUCCUCCCUCAUUCCAUACUCCUCCCUCAUCCCCUCCCCUCUCCUCCCCACCACCACCUCCUUAUCCUUUCGACAAAUGUCCACUUUUGUCUACCAACCCUCCUCCUCCUUUCCACUAUCCCCCUCUACCUUUCCUUCUAAUGACUUGGCAGAUCUGGAGAGCAUGCUGCUCUGGACCCUCCAUGAGCCCAGCACCAUUGCUCUGACCAUCAUGUACUGCCUGUCCUUCAUUUUGGGAUUCAUUGGGAAUUUAAUGUCCCUGCGUGUCCUCACCAACAGGCACAGUCGGCGGUUAGCCAGUGUCAGUGCCACGCGCAGUCUACUGGUGAACCUGGCGGUGUGUGACCUGGCCGUGGUGUGUGUCUGCAUGCCCAUCACUCUGGGAAGCCAGAUCUACACUGCCUGGGUUUACGGUGACCUCCUCUGUCGAGCUGUACCCUUCACACAGGCUGUCUCAGUCUCGGCCAGUGUGUUAACUCUGACAGUGAUCAGUGUGAAUCGUUACUACAGCGUUCGGUCACCUCUGCGAGCUCGCUCCAUGUUUACCCGCCGCAGAAUCUUGGCAACUGUCGCCGUGGUGUGGACAGUGUCCUCGAUCAUGUGUGCUCCCAUUGCAGUGAUGAACCAGCGGCGGGAGAUCAGCUUUGGGACAUUCGCCAUCUUGGUCUGUCAGGAGGUGUGGCCUCAGCAUCGCCUGAAACAAGGAUACAAUGUGCUACUAUUUGUGAUGCUCUACUGCCUGCCAGUGACCUUCAACCUCACCAUAGGCUUCCUGACCGGCAGGCGGCUUUGGGGAGGGAAGAAAUCCACUUUCGCUGAUCUUGAUCCUCGCAGCCAAGCUCUGCACGCCUCACGCCUCAAGACUCGUCAGAAGAUUGCCAAGAUGGUGGUGUGUCUGGUCCUGCUCUUCGCGGUGUCCUGGCUGCCGCUCUACUUGGCUGACCUUUGGAUCGACUGUGAGCAAAGGCCACCAUCUUGGCUGCUGCAGACACGGCCAUUUGCCCAGUGGCUGGGCCUGACAAACUCAAGCCUUAACCCGAUCUGUUACUGCUUCAUAGGGGAUCUGUACCGCUCAGCGAAGGUGAUACGGACGCGAUACUACCAGAAAGUCGCCGCUCUCUUCAGCUCCUCCUCGUUCUCCAGCUCAGCUGCAGUGGCGUCUCCUACCACAGUGAUUACAGACACCAAAGUGACUGUUGCUGAGCGCCACCAUAUUGCUGCUGCUGCUGUGGCAGCGUCUGCGUCCAUGGUUACAAUCCCCAGGCUGCUGAGCUUGGCUCGAGGCCAGGGACUGGGGCAGAAGGUCAGAGACAGUUCAGACAGCCGAGCAGGAUCUGACCACAGUAUCUCAGACUGGUGUCGGUCCAGUCCCAGUGUGUGUGACAGCUCUUUGUUCCCCUGCCAGCUCCACACACUCCACCACUCCAUACAAAGAGCAGACUUCCUGCCCACGAGAAGACACUCAGUGAAUGAGAACGCCGGAUCACUACCUUUAAGAAUUGAGUCUGUAGAAAUAGAUGUGCUGCCUUUGAGGAGGCAUUCAGGGGACAGAAUAUAUGGUCUGUCAGCUGAUAAGAGAGACACCAUUACCAUGGGCAGAGACGCUCUCUGUUCCAUCGGGCAGCACAGAAACAAAACAUCACAAACCUACUGUCUGGUAGGAGACAGGGAGGAUGAAACAACAGAUAUGACCAGCCUGUGAAGGCUGCAGAUUAUCUGAUGUAUCAGCAGGGAGGAUUUUUUUCUUUUUGUCUUGCAGGCAGCAAAAACACACACAGCUCCAGAUUCACAGUUUGAAGUUGACAGUGUGGGUUAAUCCUUGCAAAAGCCAUUGUUUGUCUUGAGGAUAAACCGACCUGGUCUACUCUCUCCUUCUUUUUGCCGGUAGUAGUCUUUCUGUGUCAUCCAAAGCACAGGGGAUCCAGGACCGCUGUUUGCACCAAUGAAUUAAGGUUUUUUGAAAGCAGGUAGAGGAAGCAGUGAUGGAGUGAACCCUGCAGGGGAAGAGUUGCUGUGUUUAUUUAGCCCUGGGCUAAAAAAGGUAGUUAUCAGUAAGAAGGAUGGAUUGCAGUAGUGCACUAUUAGGUUCAAAUAAUAUCAUAAGCGCCACAGUUGCCGGUCACAGUUGUGUCUUACAUCUGUUUAAGUCAAUAACCCAGCAGGAUGUAAAAUGCUUUUUGGUUUAGAUUCUUCAUUUCCUGUUGCUUUGCGAUUGUAAUUGUUGCUCACAGAAAAGGUGUGGCCCUUUGUUACAAAUCAGUCUGUGUAAAGAGUUUCUGAUGGAUCCUCACAGGUUAAUGUCACCAUCAGUGUCUGCAGUCUGUGAAAGAAGAUACAGUACGUCAUACCAGUUGUUCAUGUGUGCAGUCAUACAGAUGAUUUGCAGGGAAGAGGAGAUUUAAUGUAUAUGAAGCAGAAAAUGAAAAACUCAGAACACAGUCAACUGUCUUGAUUUGCACAUAAUAACUCUGUGAAAUUGUUCCUGCAGCUUGUCAGGUUCAUGUGAUUUUUAUUUUUAUUUUUUUAUCUUCUUAUUUUUGAAAGAUAGACCAGGUUGUCUGAACUAAGCCCAAGACAAGCAGGGUCACUUCAUUCAGAGGAAAUUUAAAGAGUCAGUUCACCCAAAUAACAACAAACAAACAAAAAACACAUUUCCUCUUGUAUCUUAAGUGGCUUCUCACCUUGGACAUAAUUUUAGUUUCAUUUGCCUGUGUAAGAAGAUUUUCGUCUCUGAUUUUUCUGAUGCUUCAGCCAAUAUGUAAUUUUGGUGAAUGUAAUUUAUGGUGCUCAGGAGGAUUUAAUUAAAUUAAAUUUAAAAUUAAACAACUACAGUGUGUCUUUCUAGAACUUGCCCGAGAGUCUGAUUGAAUUGCCAUUUAAUUUUCACCUCAUUAUUCACUCUGACACUGUGUUCAUAUUAACUGUUUUCUCUCUGGUAGUGGUAGAGAUGGUGGUGGGGGUGCCCUAACCAAUCAGAAGUGAAUGACAUGCCCAUUCUGCUGAAAUCAUUUACAGCCAACAGUGCAAUAACAAAGUCAUGUUUAUUAUGAUUGUAGUAUUAUGUUCAUUUAUCACCAAAGCACAUUGUGUUUGUGCUUGCUGUCUUCCUUCCCCCCCACAUUUUACCGGCCCAUUGCUGCCUUACUUCCAGUUAGAUCAGUGCAAUAGUGAAACCACUGGCAGGAACAAAGAAAGUGGGGGCACACUUGUAAAAACAUUGCUCCUUUGCCAGUGAUCAAAAACACCACAGGGUACUUUCAAAACGUUGUCAUGUCUGCAAGUCAGCUGCCCCUAUUCUUCAUCCCCCCACUGAGCUCUGAUUGGUCCUGCUGUUUUUCCAGGCAAGGAAACAACUGUUAGUGAUCGCAACACUAAAUUAAUUUGAACCAGUAUCAGUCAGUUUCUGCUACUCUGGAUUAUCCAUGGAUCUGUCUGCAGUUUCAUUAGGGACUCAGUUGAAGGUAAUUCCAAUGAAGAUGAAAAUGCAAUUCCAUUUACCUCAGUUGUAUUCGAGGAGAAGAUGUCUCAGAGACAAACAUCUUAAAACCAAGGCAAAUUAACCAGCACUAUCCACCAGUAAAGGUAAGAGGUGAAGUAAUUGUUUGCAAUUUGGGUGAACUGAUCCUUUAGAGAAUUUACUUUAUUACAGAUAUCACACUCACUGUGCUGUGACUAGCUACAGAAGAACACCAGAGUGUGUCAGUUUUGGAUAUUUGACAACAGGAGCAUUUUGUCCCAACCAGAGAAACUGCCUGUUCAACCAGCACAUGCCUUGUUGGGUAAGGGACUGAAACAGGGUGUUGGAAUAGCUUUAAAGGUUAAAGAACUAAAACACACACACAGACACACACUCACGCAUACACAGAUGCAUGCACACAGACAACUAAAUCUAAUCUACCCUCAGGCUGCUUCCAGUUGUGUGCAAGACAGAGGUGGUGAAUAGCAUCAAGCUGCUAAUCAAACUCUGGUCCUCGCAGCAAAACUGAAGUGCAACACUCAAGGCUGCAAACUGCGUUGAAACUGUCCUAUUUAUGUCAUUGGACAAGGUUGCUUUGUACGUUAGAAAAUCUCAAUGCCAUUAUACUGUGACUGUGUCUUUCAUCUCUCCUCUCUUUACUUUCAUCUACCUCUCUGUCUCUGAGUUUUGCGCCGUGUUAAUGGAGGGAAUG